ACAUAUCUGACAGACAUUUAACAUAUACAGAAUAUUAAUAACAUAAUUUUCUUAUUUUGUCUCCAUUAUAUAAAAAAGGUUUUUCCCCUCGUUGCUCGCUAUGCAGAACGACUUGUUGCAAAACUUGAGGAAAUGAAUUUGGAUGAACCCAUCACUGUCAAACAGUUUGUGGCUCCUUACAGUUUAGACACUGUGACCAGUGCUUCUUUCAGUGUGGAGACAGACUCCAUAAACAAUCAGAAUGAUCCAGUUAAUGUUCAAGCGCAGAAGCUCCUUAAAUUAAAAAUGUGGCUUUUGUUAUUCAUAAUGGCAGUUCCGUUUGGUAGACGUCUGGCAAAGUUCCUGAACAUGGAAAUCAUACCCAAGGACAGUGUUGACUUUUUCUACAACCUCCUCAAGAAAUUUAAAAACCAGCAUCAUGAAGACAAAUCUGCUCGAGCAGACUUCCUGCAGGUGUUGAUCCAGAGUGAGAUCCCAGAAAAGACGUAUAAGAACGAUGAAGAACAGCCAAGUAAAGGUAUGUGUUUACCACAGAAGUAAGCUGAAAGAAGCUAGAUUUUACCACUGCCUUAAUCUAAUUGUCAAACUUCAGAUCACAGUCCACUUUGACCCUCAGGUUUGUGACAGCUGGUUUAACACACUUGGCCAAGGUAUCUAAAUACACAUUGGGGGUCUCAGUGGGGGUACCAAAAACCAUCACCUCUGUCUUUUUAUCAUUGAAUUUUAAAAAGUUAAGAGACAUCCGAGCCUUAAUGUCAUCAAGACACUGAAGUUA